AUGUAUGACAAACUAGCCGCCAUCCGAAUGAUAUUCGAUGGAUUUGUACGUUGUCAAGCUGUAUAUACUGUUGGGGAAAACUGCACUAUCGAUGAAAUGCUCGAAGCAUUUAGAGGUAGGUGUAGUUUUCGUCAGUAUAUCCUGAACAAGCCAAAUAAGUAUGGCAUAAAAAUUCAAGCAUUGGUGGAUUCACGUACUUUUUUUAUUUCUAACAUGGAGGUAUAUGUAAGAACACGGCCUGACGGCCCAUUCAAAUUUGAAAAUAAGCCAUCAAGUAUUGUAAAAAGGAUGAUAACUCCAAUUUCUAAAACUGGUCGAAAUAUCACGAUAGAUAACUGGUACACUUCCAUACCAUUGGUAAAUGAGUUGCUUGAAAAUCAUAAUUUGACAACUGUUGGAACUCUACGCAAAAAUAAAAAAGAAAUCCCACCUUGCUUUUUAGAUACUAAACGUAGGGAAAAAAAUUCAACUUUAUUUGGAUAUAGUAAAAAUCUAAUGAUUACGUCGUAUGUGUCUCGUAAAAACAAAAAUGUCAUAUUGGUAUCUAGUAUGCAUAAUCAAGGCGUUAUAGAUACAGAUUCUGGUGACCAAAAUAAACCCGAGAUUAUUACCUUUUACAACUCUACAAAAGGCGGAGUAGAUGUUGUUGACGAACUGAAGGGAGAAUAUUCUGUUUCUAGAGUAAGCUGUAGAUGGCCAUUGACAAUAUUUUUCUCUUUAAUGAAUAUUGCGGGAAUCAAUAGCCAAAUAAUUUAUUGGGAAAAUACUGGCAAUGUUAUUACUCAUCGAAAUUAUCUUAGAAGCUUGGGUCGAGAACUUGCUAAAGAAUUUAUGAUCAACCGACUUGCUAUACCAACAUUGAGUAUUCAACUUCGAAGUACAAUUAUGAAGAUAACAGGAAUAAAAAAACAGCCUACACAGCCUGAACAGCAUGGAUCAGUGAAAGAGUAG